CGCACUCCUUCCCCGGCUCGUAUAAAGGCAGCAGACCGACAGGCCGACCUCCUCCUCGGGCCAAGCUCUCUUCUUGUUGAUGGUGAGACUCUGCGAGAGAAGGAUGAAGUUCCUUGUAGCCGUUACGGUCAUCGUGGGAUCUCUGAUUUUCCUCGCGUUCCCGAAUGGCUCCGCCGCGGACGAGAAGAAGAAAGGCCCCAAAGUGACUGCGAAGGUUUACUUUGACAUGAAAAUCGGGGAUGAAGAAGUCGGACGGAUCGUUAUCGGCGUGUUCGGGAAAACCGUUCCCAAAACAGUCGACAACUUUAUCACUCUGGCGACAGGAGAGAAAGGAUUCGGUUACAAAGGCAGCAAAUUCCACCGAGUCAUCAAGGACUUUAUGAUCCAGGGAGGAGACUUCACCAGAGGAGACGGCACCGGAGGAAAGAGCAUCUACGGAGACCGUUUCCCUGACGAGAACUUCAAGCUGAAGCACUACGGCCCCGGCUGGCUCAGCAUGGCCAACGCCGGCAAAGACACCAACGGCUCCCAGUUCUUCAUCACCACGGUGACGACCCCGUGGCUCGACGGGAAGCACGUCGUGUUCGGGAAAAUCCUGGAGGGCUUAGACGUGGUGAAGAAGAUCGAGAGCACGACGACAGACGGCCGUGACAAACCUCUGAAGGACGUCGUCAUCUUCGACUGCGGGAAGAUCGACGUGGAGAAACCGUUCGCCGUGGCCAAGGAGUAGAGAGGCCGGGGGCCGGCAGCAGGACUGGGGGGUCGGGGUCUGGAGGUCUAGGGGUCUGGGGGGGACUGGGGGGGGGGUCCGGGGGAAUCGUGCAGGCCACCUUAUCUUAUCCGUGGGAGCCCCGGGGUCCUGAGGAGGCCGGGGGGGGUUGUGUGUCUGUGGCUGCCGUCUUAAAGCACCAGAAGAACAAAAACAUCAAGCAAUCACCACGACGACACUCUGGGUCCAUCUCACCAACGAGCAUUCCAAGGUGCACUUACUGUUCCUUGUUGUUUUUUGUAAAAAAACAAAUGAAAUCUGAAAUAAAGGUUUCCAUUUUUGUUAAA